UAGAUGUAGAGGUUAAGAGAUGGGGAAAAAGGGCGCGGGGGUGCGGGGGUCUGUGGGCGGGGCCAGCCGGGAGCAGCAACAGGUCGUAGCGAGGUCCAAUCGAUACAGAUGCUGGAUCAUGCGCCUUGUACAUUGCAAACAUCAUGCGCUGUGUGCUACUGCUCUUGGUGUCAAUUUUCCUUCCAGGACUUCAAGGCGAUUUACUUCGGGACAGUGUUCACGUGACAUCGGCAGCGGCUCGACCCAAUAAUGAGCUAUGGUGCUACAAAUGCCUCGCCGAGGUGCCAGAGGACAAAUGUGCGGACCUACGACACAACAACUCCGCGCUCAUACACAAAUGUCAAAAUGACCGAAGAAUGUGCAUGGUAAAGCGAUUCUCAUUUACGACUUCAACGGAAAAUUCCACGACCGCACUCAAGAUGUGGGCACUCGAACGCAAUUGUACGAAACACUGCGAGCCGGGCUGCAUCGUUAUCGGAGAGCGUACGAAACUAUACGCUUGCACUUCAUGCUGUACAACCUCGCUUUGUAACUACGGAUCUGGCGCAGACGGAAUUUCUUUAAAUCCUUUCUUAUUUCUUAUUUUCAUUCUUAAUAUUUUCACUGUAUAUUCUAAGACAUUUGUAUAAAAAAAUAAUUUUUAGUAAAUUCUAAACCAAAUUGAGGGAGACUGUUGUAUGUACAUAUUGUUUUUCGAAUAAAGAUACGAAUCAU